UCGAAAGCAACACGAAAACAUUCUCUCUUUCUUUCAGCAUUUGAAAAAAAAAAUUAUAACCAGGCUCUUCUAGUUCCUCCCCUGUGAUAGAAAUAUUAAGCAAAGAAGAGCAUAAGAGGGAGAAAAUGGGUGUUCUCAGAAACACACCGAAAGCUUCUCCAACAAAAAAAUCUGCCACCCUUCAACACCUCUUUGAUUUGGAGGCCAACAAUAGCAUUGGCACUAAGAUUUACAGUCCCCAAAGGAGCAAGCAGUCUAUCAUUGAAUCUGAAUAUGGAGAAAUCUUGUCUAUUAUAUCUCACUGUUGCUCCAUCUUCACUUUCACCGAUCCUUUAGAGUCUCCCUCAGAGCAAGAUGUCAAGCGAUUAAAGCUCUUCCAGCUUCUUUCUUUCAUGAAGAAACCCAAAAAGCCCCUGCCUGAAGAAAUUAUACGCCCUCUUGUGUCUAUGCUAUCGGCAAACCUUUUCAGGCCUCUCCCGCCAUCUGCCAAACGAAUCGUCGUCUGUGAAUUACCUGAUGAUGAAGACCUCGUUUCCACUCUCUCGCCUGCCUGGCCACACCUGCAAGUAGUUUACGACAUUCUGCUUCGACUGGUCCUCAGUAUUGAUCCCAAAGUUCUCCGUGGUUAUGUUGAUAAACGUUUCCUUGUCAACCUUCUGUCCCUCUUUCAGACCGAAGACCGAAGAGAACGCGAGUGUCUGAAGAAUGUUUACCACCGGAUAUAUUCCAAGUUCACCUUCUACAGGGCAAUCAUGAGGAAAUCUAUGAAUGAUGUUUUCUUGUACUAUGUUUUCGAGUCAGAGAAGCAUUCUGGGAUUGGUGAGCUGCUUGAGAUAUGGGGAAGCAUCAUCAAUGGUUUUACUGUGCCACUGAAAGAAGAGCACAAGCUGUUCUUGAUGAGAGUGCUUAUUCCUUUGCACAAGGCCAAGGGGAUGCCAGUUUACCAUAGACAGCUGGCCUUUUGUGUUAAUCAAUUUGUGCAGAAGGAACCAAUGCUUGGUGGGACUGUUGUUAGAGGGAUCUUAAAGUAUUGGCCUGCCACAAAUUGUCAGAAAGAAGUUCUGCUCAUUGAUGAAUUGGAGGAACUGGUCGAGAAUAUAGAUCCUGAUCACUAUAGAAAGUUAGCUUUGCUUAUAUGUACCCAAAUUUCGAGGUGCUUGAACAGUUCGAACUCACAGGUUGCAGAACGUGCACUAUACGUGUGGAACAAUGAACAAUUUGUGAAGAUGGCAUCAUCAAUGAUGGAAGAGGUGUUUCCUGUGGUAGUAGAAAGCGUAGAAAAGAACCUGAAGUGGCACUGGAGCAAGAGUGUAAAACAACUGACAGAAAAUGUGAAGACAAUGAUAGAAGAAAUGGAUCCAAAUUUAUAUGACAAGUGCCUGGAAGAAAUAGCCCACAAAGAGUACUUAGCUGGCCAAGAAGAUAUCAAGAGAAAAGAAAAUUGGGAAAGGUUAGAAUCGGCAGCAGCCAAAAACCAUCAGUUCUUCUAGCCUAAAAAAUGUACAUAUGUCUCCCAUUAAUGAGCAAAGAAUCUGACUCUUUGCUGGUAAUUGGUAUUCAAAAAUUAUUUGACACUGCUAUACAAAGUUAUAAAACAAAGACUUCUUGAUCUCCAAUA